ACGUCAUUCAAGAUGGCUUCCGGCCGGUGUUAGUUGUGUGUUUAUUUUCGUCGCGAACAGCCUGCAAGCUGUUCGACUUUCUUAACUUUUUGCUUUCAUGUGAGAUCAGAACGAUGGCCUGUGUUUAAUACAGGUCUUGCAAUUAUUCCACGAUUCAAUCAACAGCUCUUGUCUAUCGUGGACGAAAAUGUUGAUCAAGGAAUACAGAAUUCCUCUGCCGAUGAGCGUUGAAGAAUAUCGCAUCGCUCAAUUGUAUAUGAUUCAGGUAAGCCAAUUUUUUUUAAAAGAGAUCUGAUGCAAAACAGUCUUUCUGAGUACAAAUCUGAAAGCACUCUCCUCGUUGCCUUUGAAAGUGACACCAGGUUCGACUUCGUUAAAGAACCUUCGAUCGCAAAUGACUGUUUGCUAAUAUCAGAAUUUAUGUACCGGCCUUUGCUGUCUGAAACUCGCAAACAGCCGAGAACAGGCGAAAUUUUCUUGUAUAUAUUUGUACCUGAAAGGAGUUUAAACUUGAGGUCACUAACACCAUCUUCAUAGCUGAUCGAAAAAAGUCUUGGCACGACAUUAACUUUUGCAGCAUGAUGCAUCACUUGCCUGUCAAUAACUCACUUUCGUGACAGCUUUAAAACUAACGUACCUUCGCAACAAACGAACGAACCUUUUAUCUCAGACGUAAACUAACUGUAGUUCAGGCUUAAAAACAAAGUUUGGAACUCUUACAUUAAACGCCAUUUAGAACGAAGGUGAGAUCAAGAAGUCAGUGGUAGAAAUAAGUCGAUAUUUAUGGCGUUUCUUUUCGUUUCGUGCAGAAGUACAUGUUUGUCAAGUUUCUUAUAAAUGCCAAAAUAUAAGCUUAUGUGCGUGAAAUGUCCAUUUGUAUGCAAUGCUAGUGUCUGCGCUAACACAUUUGACUUAGCGUGGGCGAUCGGACAUGUCCUUGCAUUAAAACCUGUUAUUUUCUAUUCUUUGAAUUCCAGAUACACACAUAUGUGCCCUAGAAUGCUAGGUUAUUUUUGUAUGCAUGUUGUAUUCCAAAGAAAAAGUAAUAUUAACUGCCACGAAAGAUAUAGUAAUAGAAAAGCAAGGUUCCAGUAAUAUUGAAAGUUCAGCUUUCAUACUAAAAAAUAGUGUUCUCUAAAUUUGAUUACUACCUUUGUUCCAACUGAAUAUUUUGGCAUUACUGCAAAAGACGACUCUGCAGCGGUCCAUGUUUGAUAUUAACCCAUUCAAGAUAAUAUUCAUGAUUUUAUGACAUUUUAUCCAGUUAAGAUAAACCAUCCUAGAUGCCUUCUUGCUCCCAGAUGUCCAGUUUGAUUUUUAGCCAAGAGAAUAUGGUCAGUGAUAAAUAAUUACCACUUGCAGCUGCAUUCAUUCAGUCUGAAAUGAAGUAAACAAAAAUAAGUGCAUCUACAACUUUUGCCGUUGAUAACAGUUUUAUUUAUGGUAACAUAUAAAGAACUUGAGGUUUUUUAAGAGAGUGGAAAGAAAGGUACUUAUGAAACAACUUUUUGUAAAUUUCAAGAGCAACGAUAGCUUCGAUCAAUAGUAUUAUGCGCUUUAAUAAGCUUAUGAUAUGUGAGCAUUAACAUGGAAAAUCCUUUAAAUAUUCUUUUCAAAUGUUGUCCAUUCUUACUUUAAUUAUGUGAAUUAUUGUUAUUUAAGUUUUUUUUGCAAAUUCAUCUUCUUUGCACAAGGAUCACCAUACAUAUUUUAAGGUUUUUUUGUCAUCUUUAUUCGUUUUACAGCAGUAAAUGCCUUAAUCAACAUUUUUUUUCAAUGGUGGUAACAAGUUAAGAUUUCUGUCUUUUUAUCAAAAAGCUGGAGCAUUUUUACCCAUUUGCAAAGAACAAGCAAGUGAAAAUUUCUCAUCAAGUAUAAACAUAUCCCCCAUGCAAUGUCAAAAACAAAUAGCAGUGUGUUAUAAAGUUAAAACCCAAAGAAGAAGCUCAGAAUGGUUUUAUACUUUUUUCGAAAGUAUGUACGGCAAGUUUGCAUAUUACAUGUAUGAGUGAAGGAAUGAAAAUCAAUAGGCUUUAGACUGUUUUGGCCCAAAAAACCGAUAGUGAAAUUCAAUGGGGCAAUUCUUUUUAUUGUGAUAAUUACUUUGUGUGGCCAGUACCGCUGCUACCUGUACAUCCAUUUACUGAUGAGUGUUAGUAGUGAUCAAACAACUUACCAUUCUUCACUAUGUAUGUAAGGGGGAAAUGCAGGGACCCACUGAAAACUGCUAAGGCGAGUGGUCUCCCUGGAUAAAAAUUAUAUUAUUAUUAUAAUUAUUAAAAAUCGAAACUUUUGCUGAACAUCAGAUUGCAAGCAUUUGUACUUGCAAUAUUGGUGAAUACUUCAGCUGAAAUGCCUUGGGGGUCUUACAAUAUGAAGCAGUACCUGCUCAUAGCCAGCAGGAUCUGGAUAGCCAGCAGUCAGUGCAGGGGGAUGACAGAAUUCUCAACAUGGAUUGAACCUUAUAAACCAUAAGGGCUCAUACAGGUCACGGAAAACCUGGAAAGUCAUGGAAUUUAAGAAAAAUUUCGAUUUCCAGGCCUUGAAAGUCAUGUAAACUUAAAGUUUUGUUUGAUAAAUGAGUUACUGCAGAUGACAAGGCAAGGAUAAUUUAAGAUAGGGAGGAGUAAUUAAACAGUGCAAAGGGCAUGGACUUCGGUAGACACCAGAAUUUGUGUCUGUUGAAUUGUUUGACAGGGGCGGAUCCAGGAUUUUUUUUAGGAGGGGGUGCACUCGUCUCUUGCUCUACUUCAACACCAAUAAACCACAUAGUUUUUUUUUCUUUUUUUUUGCAGAAUACCAGUUGUAUUAGAAAACCGCAGGUCAUCUGGGGGGGGGUGCGCACCCCCUGCACCCUCCCCCUAGAUCCGCCCCUGUUUGACGUCAUAAAAUACCCUAAAACAAGGAAAUUUUUUAAAAUUUUUGAAACUGACCGCUAAACCUAAAGUCUUGGAAAACUUGAAAAGGUCAUGGAAAAAGUCAUUGAAAGUCAUGGAAUUUGAAGAGCUCAUAAGAGUAUGAACCAUGACCAUAGCACCUGUGAUGGGUGUUGAGUUGAUCACUUCAACAUAAAUUUUUGUAAGGCCUGUUUGCCAUGUGCCAUAUUGUUACCAAUGCUUACAAGAAUGGAAUAGUUUUUUUGAAAAGUAAUUAUUGACAAUCCUGGAUGGUUUUUGAGCAAACUAUUUCUGUAAAGUUUUGGUGUUACUUUUCCCUCUUUUUUUGUUUGUGUAUUUUUUUUCUUAGCAUGACUAUUUGUAUCCCUUUGAAGACUAAACAAAUAAGAUGAUAAUAUCGUAUAGGUGGCAAAUUUCUCCCUAAUUUUGGAGAGACAUGAAUUAAUUUUCAGUGUUACAUGUACCGGUAAUUAAUGCGAAAUAACAAAAUAUGCAGUACCAUCAUGUGGAGGAUAUACGGUAUAUUGAUCACCAAAAGAUGAAAGAAUUGAUCAUUCAUUGUACAUUGUACUGGCUCACUAAAGGGGAGCAUGAAAUAAAGCCAUGAGUAAUAUCUGAUCUCAUCUGAUCUGAAAUGCUCUCUUUGAUUCACAAGGCUAGUGCAGAUCAUGUCUAAGUAAGGGAAAUAGUGCUGCGCACAGAUGACGUCACAAAAAAAAAAUUGUGAGCCCUACCAAGCUUCAGACAAACAUGGCAGUUGACCUGCACCGUUCUAAACCUCUUAUUUCAUUGGUCCCCUUUAAUGUGCACUUCCAUUGUUUUCAGGGAUUAGAUGCCUUGUUAUGUCACAAUCCCUAUUGUUUUCCCAGCCAGUCACUUCGCUUUCUUUCUGGAUUUCUCGCUUUGAUUUAGUGCCUCAGACCACUUUUUCAGACAUCCUUGAGUCCCUCUUACAUUCUUCCCAGCUGCAACACUUGCUGUUUACCAUUUCCCGAUAAAAAUACAUAAAAAACAUUGUUUUGACUUAACACUCUGUGAACGUGCAUACAAAGCCAUUGAGUGAGAAGCAAAGACUAUCUGAGUCGUGAGGGGGGUCUCAUCUGACGUAAACUAUUUUUUUAGACUAUUGAAAAGAGAAUUGACAGGUUGACAUCUUAUCAAAAGUCAUUUAUGCCUAGUUUUAUUGCAGGCACCAUUCAAAUGAUGGCUGUGGAAAACUCCUGAUAUGUUUUGUAUUUUGUUCCUCAAAAAUGUGGAGCUUGCUUCUUAUCACCCAAGCAGCUGUUUAAUUCUCUUAUUUAUGGAUACAGCUGUGAAUAGUAAUUUAAUAUAUUUAUAGAUUAGUUACUCUUAAAGUUCAAAGUGUAAUAUUCAAUUCAAUUCAUUUCUCUCAAUAUGUAGCAAGUUCAGUGUGUUAGAAUUACAUAAUCAACUUGUGUUUCAUUUUUGAGGUUCUCAAUCUAAUUAUUAUUUUUUUUUUUGAAUAUAAGAUAUUAAUUAGUGAAUAAAUAAUGAUGCAACAUAUAUACUACAUGUAUUUUACACACAUUUACAUGUAUUUAAUUAAUAUUUCCCAAGUAAUACUGCUUUCUGCUCUUGCUAUUUAUGAAUACUUUUAAAAAGUCUUAAAUUGAUUUUGAAAGCCAUAAAACCUUUGAGAAUAAUAUGAUAUUGACACCAUAUCGUGCUUAAAAAGUCUUUCUUGUUUAAGUGAUGAAAAAUCCUUAUCUCACCAUAUUUUAGGCUUAAAAUAUCAUUCUUUAACUUUUUAAUCUUUCAAUAAAAUAAAAUAAAAAUUAACCCUUUUUGGCUGUUGUGCGUAUGGUCCAUUAGGUUCGCCGUUGAGAGCAGUCAUUAUGACCAAAUGUAAUUUGGUACUUGUUUAGGUCACCAUGGUGACACUUUUUACUCGUAUUAGUCAAAUGCCAAACAAUACUUCAAAGGCUUACAUGUGAUCCUGGUAAUGAAAGUGAAAGUUGCAAAUGACAUUUCUUUAAUUUUAUUAUAUUCUUUGAGAUUACUUCAAUUAAAAUCUAUUUUGGCAAAUGCAAGGAGUUGCCAGGUGCCUGCUGAUUGUAUCAUGUGUGUUUGACCAGGCUUAAUGGGGUCUUAAUGUUACUCAACAAAAGUAGAUGAGGGCCUACCCUUUUCAACCUUACCAUGUAAAAAAAUAAAAAAAUAAAUCACAUACUAUUUGCAAAUUGUUAAUGAACUUUGUAUACUGGCAUUCUGUGGGAGGGGUGGAGGGGGGUGCAAAGAUGGAGUGUAUAUAAUUUGUCACAUUAUUUCCAUGGGUAAAGUGUAUGUAUACCUCCCUGGGUUGAUGAGAUAGGAGAGUCUGGUUACCUCUUAGCCUGCAUAGCAGGUGCUAUGUUGUAGCAUUUUUUAGGCAAGCGAAUGCAAGCGCAAAGUGAACAAGGAGUGCCAGACAUGGGCAAGGGGGUGAAGGCGAAGGGAAACAACUCUUCCCAUUGCGUGUGUCUCGUGAUCCAUGCUUGUAACACACUUUCCUUUGCUUGCCAGAAAAACGCAAAAAAAUGACGCCUGUCAUACAGGCUAGGUAUCGCUGUGCAGUUUUUUGCCUUUAAGUUUUUGUAUCUUUUUUUAAAGACCAAGUGUUCAUUUCUUUUGUCAACAACUGUUUAGAAAAAAAGCAGGCUGGAUAGUGUUGGUGAAGGAAGUGGAGUGGAGAUUCUUGAAAACAUACCCUACACAGAUGGACCAGGAGGCAGUGGACAGUACACAAAGAAAAUCUACCACAUUGGAAGCCAUCUACCGGGCUGGCUUAAGGCAAUUCUGCCCAAGGCUGCCUUGAGAGUGGAAGAAGAAGCUUGGAAUGCAUAUCCCUACACCAAGAUGAGGACAACUUGCCCCUUUGUGGAGAAAUUUUUUGUUGAUGUAGAGACGUAUUAUUACCCUGAUGCUGGACAACAGGUAGAGUUCACGUAUGUUGUUCUAAAACUUGUACUAUUUUCUUAUCGUCUCGUGUAAGGGAAUCUGGAUUCUGGAAUAUGGAAAAUUUUUGCUUGUGGAAUCCAGAAUCUGUGGAAGUUUUGCUUGUAAAUUCCGGAAUCCUGGGAUUUGAAAUCCCAAAUGCAGCUCAAGGAAUCCAGAAUCCAAGUUUCACUGACAAAGACUGGAAUCCAGUACCUGGAAUCCUGAAUCCAUGCCAAGGAAUCCAGAAUCCAAGACUGUCUUGGAUUACCUCACAUAGGGCGAUUCUAAACACUGUGGACCGAAAGUUCCUUUCUUCUUUCAGUUUAGUUACAUUGGCAACUUGAAACGUGUUGAAAUAAUGAAAGUAUAAAAAUGAUAAUGAUAUUAGAACUGCAGAAUGAAAAUUAAAUGCGUAGAGGAUGGCUAUUGCAACUUUUGUAUAUUUUCCAAAAAGGAAGCGUGAAAAGAUUCAGGCUUGUGUACUCAGGAUUCGAACCCUGCAAAAGUUGCGUCUAUAAUUACGAUGAUCUACAUCGUAUUUAUACUAGCGAGCUUAACCAAACGACAACGCAGACAUACCCGAUGUCAAGACUGGAAGCGGGAAGUGUUGUUGGCUUUUCGCUUGUUAAUACGCUUUACCCAAAUUUGAAACCUUUUGUUGUUUCUCCUGUAGUUUAAUAUUAUCGAACUCAGACCACUAAAAGAGAGAAAAGAUCUUUUUCCGGUUGUUAGUUUUGACGUGCAGGACGUGAAGGUUUUCUUUGCUUAAGCUCGCUAUAUAGCUAAUGUCUUUUUAAAUACGUUCCUUUAUCCACCUCCCAUAUUUCUCUUUGCCACCACCCAAACAAAGAAUAUGAGAAAUAACUAAGCGGAAACACUAAGUAAGGAAAGAAAAUAGCAUGCUGGGCUAGAUGCCAUGACUAAAUUUUAGGAUCUGAGUGGUAGGCUUACCUGUAGUCGCAAAGGGUCUUAACAUGUCUGAUUUUCUGCAGUUGUCAUCUUCCUUUGUACUAGCUACAUUCCCUAUCAAAUUUCAGAACCAGUUUCUGUGGAGAUUAAAGCCAUAUAACAAUCACAUCCAGUUCUUAUUCCUGUUGUUUUUUUUUUUUUAGGAAAACGUUUUCAACCUGUCGGCAGUUGACCUUCAGAGUCGGGAAGUUGGUGAGUUGGCCUUUCUUCUGUUCAAACAAGAAAAUUUCUUCAGGAGCAAGAUCAUUUGGGAGGACUUCCACUAACAAGAAGAGAUGUCUCUAAGAAAAGACUUUCUGAUUGCUUGUCGUUAUCCUGCGAGAUCAAACGCCGUUGUCGGCUCUUGACUCACUCGCCGUGAAAGAAGAGCCGAAAAAGGCGUCUCUUCUCACAUGUUACACGCGUACCUGAAUUAUAAUUGGUUGAAAAAUACUGACGUCACAGAAAUCGUUUCCCAGCUCGGGAGCACAGACGCUCUUUUCUCGGCGAGUGAAACAAGAGUCAAAAAAGUCGUUUGCUCUCGCAAGUUAACGGCUCUUUGGCUCAAACGUUGUGUUAUUAUUCAUAUAUAAUCAAGCUGAGAUUCACUUUUACGUGGUUCGAGAAAAUGUUUUCUAUUUGCUCCUGCAGACAUAAUUGAUCCAAUAAAGGAUGCAGUUUCCACAUCAGAUUACAGAGAAGAAGAAGACCCCUUAUUAUACAUCUCCAGCAAAACAGGACGCGGUCCCCUGAAGGAGAACUGGCUAGAACAUUACAGGGUAGAGAAUCCACCUUCUGACGUCAUGUGUGCUUAUAAGCUUAUUAAGGUUGAAUUCAGAUAUUGGGGAAUGCAGGUGAGGAAUUAACCACUGAGAACCCGUGUCAUUUGGUUAUUUUUGAGUCGCUAGUGGUAAGGUUUGACACUGCAACCCCCGGCACAGUACUGGUCAAGGCAACAUGCUGCCUGAUUACAAGAAUUGCGUCGCUCGCUACGCGUUUCUCGUAGCGGGUAACGAUUAAAAUUGCAAGUAUCCCGCUUGCAUGUUAGUAUCAGGGGCGGUUCCAGGAUCUUUUUUAGGAGGGGGUGCACUCGUCUCUUGCUCUACUUCAACACCAAUAAACCACAUAGUUUUUUUCUGCAGAAUACCAGUUGUAUUAGAAAACCGCAGGUCAUCUCAGGGGGGGCGCACCCCUGCACCCUCCCCCUAGAUCCGCCCCUGAGUAUCACUACGCAUCGUUUCAAACCAAACAACGAAGAUGCGUUUUUUCGAAUUCUUGACGCAUGUGUUUAUAAAACAAGGAUCCAUAAGCUAGAUACAAUGGCAAAAACGUAUUCCUUGAGCUGCUGUUCAAAACUCCGGUUGUUGAUCUACUGUUUCUUAUCCACCAUAACGUUAGUGGGUGCUUUAGAAUUUGUCCACGAAAAAGAUUUUUCGUAAACAACUGGCAACUUGUGGUGAAGGAUUUUUCUGCACAAUUCCAAAUAAAACCUAUCCUGAAGCUUAAUGAAACUGGUAAAUCCGUAAUGUAGUGGUGGGUUCAAACCAUACACUCAUACAAGUCAACAUAGGGUUUGAGGGUGGCUAUGAACAGGAAUUAUUAUGAAAUCCCUCUUUUCUUUUCAUUUCUUUAACUGCAAGAGUUAAUUAUAUGUACGUUGUUUCCUUGUAAGCCGCGCAGUGUAGAACAUUACCGCGAAAAUACUCAAUCAUUAAUACUGCAUGGUAUAUUACAGUUAUAUAUUGCUACUUAAAAAUAACAGUUUACUAUAACAGUUGAGACUACUGAGAAAACCGGCGGUAACUCACUUUCUAAGGGACGCAGCGUGGCCUAGUAGUUAUAGCGCUGGACUUGUAAUGGGGAGGCCUCGAGUUCAAGUCCAUCCUUAACCGAUAGCUGCCGGAUUUGUUCUCGGUAGUCCCGCGCUCAAAUCCUCGGCCACGCUUGUAAAUAGCCUUCUAGUUCGGCUCCUACCAGUUGGGAUUCUUAACCUUAUUAUUUUCUAUUUAAAUGUAUUUGUUUUGUUAUACCUGAAAAGUCCCAUAAGGGGUGAACAUAGUUGAGUAUUUAAUUUGAUUUACUUUGUUGUUGUUUGUAGAACAAAAUUGAACAUUUUAUCCACUCGGGUCUGAGGCGGCCUAUGUUAAUGGGCCAUAGACAAGCGUGGGUGUGGCAAGAUGAGUGGUACGGACUCACGAUUGAAGAUAUUAGGAAAUUAGAGGAAGAAACACAGAGAAUAUUGGCCAGAAAAAUGGGGACACUUUCAGAGACUAACAAAGUAAACAGCUGUUUAUCUCUAGAUCACGAUUCCGACCAGGAAAUUGGCUUUGCCAGCGACAAAGGACGAGGAAGUGUAGUUUAUGUCCAAGACAAUAACAACAGCACAAAGCUGGAUUUAAUUUCUAAAACUUCACUAGAUGACAGUGAAGGAAGUAUAUCUCCUUCACCUGUUGCUAUAACGGUUGAGAAAUUCGGAUAUGAUGAAGAGAAUCCGUCUCAAAUUCUGCAUGAAAAACUGAGCAUGAAAAUCUCUCAAGGCUUAGAAUGUAAUGGUUUUGGACAAAAGGAACGGAGCCCUUCUUUCGAUAGUUCGUCCGCGAGGGGACUGUCGCGAGCUGAGAUGCUGAUGGGAUGGCGAAUGAGUACUAUAGAAACCGUUGAAUCCGAUUCCGGAGAAGAAGAGUUUUUUGACGCACAAGGUAUGGUAUUGAAUCUAACCCUAACCCUUUGCCGUAGUUAGCUUAGAUACCAACAGCAACGUCCCUGUUUUCAGAUAUCCUGCCUAUGACUAUUGAACUGAUUUGUGUAUGUGAAUGUCUUUGUGUAAAAGUGAACAUGAUCUUCGCAGUAGAAUGAACAAUCUGAGCGGUCCUAAGGGGUACUUUGAACUGCGGAUAAACAUGAUUCAUUUCAUAUAUUUUAAUUCAUGUCCUCUUACAUGUAGGGCUUUUAUACGAGCUUCCUGGCUCAUAGAUCCUACCUGUGCAAACAAACCUUUAAUUGAUGUAUUGAUUGAUAUCAAACUGAAGACCCUUUCAUACAUGCAUAUAAUUCUAUUGCAGAGGAUCUGGAAGAUAACUUAGAUUCAAAUCUGUUGUCCAUUCGUCACGUGGAACUCAGCAACAGUUUUAAAAGCCUUGAGUUAGACACGGAUUCCUCACGGGGUAGUAGAGAGUCUUUGGAUUCAGUAGCUUCUUCACUUAAUGAUGAGCAGAGCUUAGAUAAGGUAAGACGACGAAGUUCGCAGAUUCCAAUAAUGACUAACGUACAGGUUGUCGAAACGUCAGUCUCGAUCAGCCACUGUCAUCAACAGUCCAUUCACUAUUUUAGAUUUCGUAAAGGCGAAAACAUUACUGACUCGUAGGGAGAAAGUUUUACCAUGCGUAUGAAACCAAUGGGAACUCGAUAAAGCCAAUAAAGUGCAGAAUACAAAUAAAUCAUCCCUUUAAACCCUAAGUAUAAACGCAAAGGGUUGAAGUGCUCGCUUUCAUAGUUUGCGUAUACAACGCUGUAUGAGGGACCUUGCUACAAGCCACUUGCUUCUCUGUAGUUCGCAUUUGAAUAGGCUCAAUGGAAUGGCUUAGUUCAUUCAGUUCGUUCGACGGAAGAAAUGAAAUUAGUCAAAAUGCUCGCUCUCUUGUAAGACUAUCGGCUGGUUUAUUCACCAAGUUCUGUCUGUUUGCUCUUUGUUUUUCAGUCUCCUCGACUCCUUAGAAAAGAAACGUUGAGUAAAAAGGUCAGCGAUACUUCUACGUGUUCGUUACCAGCCUCCAGCAUUACUAGCCUCAUUCUCAUCAUCCACGGUGGGACGCAAAUAGACACGGGCCUGGAUCCCACGUCACGUGCCAUGGACUUCAAACUGCUCCAGGAUGCAUUUGAAGCGGUGAUUAAUUCACACUACAAAGGUGCUGUGGGAAGGAUCGCUCUGAGGCUCGUCGAGUGCCCAGCUAUUUGCUCCAAAGCACUGAAUCUGUUGUCUCAGCUGUGUCCUUACUCGGAAAGUGAUUCGGGUAAGAAUUGAGUGGCCAUAAACAAGAGUCGAGAUGCAAACCGUAGACGGGAAAACUGACAGUCUGAAGGACCAUUUGAAUUCACUUUUUUCAAUCUCCUAACGAUUCGGCAUUAAGCUGUUUCCCACGAAGGCGGAAAGUUCUCUUGUUCCGCUAGUCUAUCGUUGGACUAUUUGACACCAUUCUUCCCCGUUUUAAGCAAAAUGGACUAUCAUCCUUUUUGUUUAAUGGACCAGUCAUAACCUCUGUAUUUGACUUGAGACACAGUUAUUCUCCGUCACGCAGUUUGUCUCAUUGUCAAUGGAUUAAGCAGGCAAGCGGUCUGUAAUACGGGACCACCAUUUUACGAGGUCGUCCGAGUCGCGUGAAGGUCUAACCGUUUGCAGUACAAAGGCAGUACCUUCUUCUUCAGUUAUGUUAAGACUCUGAGUUUUAGUUCGGUCCCAAAAAUCGAAUCUGCUACCUCCCGCUCUGCUGGCCAGCGCUCUGCAGACUAAGCUAGUUCUUCCGCGGUUAUAACUGACCUUUCAACACCGGGAGCGCACAACCCACAUUACUGAGAAAAAAAAUAGUAUCGUGCGAAUGUUCUGGUAAGAAGAUUAAUCGGAAUGGUCAUAUUAUAACGAAGGAUUACGUGACUCUGUAUGCCCAAAACCCUUACCUAAAUCGAUUGUGUUACAGUGAACCGCGAUUUGAUCAUUAGAGUUGAACACUGUUCCUUUUCCUUGUUUUCAGAUGCAGCAAGCGUCAACAGUGGCUUUACUCCCGUGUCAAGUAGUUUUCCUUUAAGCGCCAUCUCACUGAUGGUCUCAUCCUCGCCAUUUUAUGUUGACGCCGUUAAUUCCAUGGUAGCCGCCACAAACAUGGCUUAUCGUGAUUUUCUUAAGUCUGAAGAAGGUCAAGGUUUUCGGGGAGAGGUGAAUACAAAAAUUAUUCUGCGACAAAAGAAUAACCUUUAUGCCCAGUGUAACCUCCAGUUUUUGGACACCCUAAAGACCAGGCUUAGAUUGCGGGGGAGAUGGGGAGGGAUGGAUUAACCCCAAACACUACAGGGAAGUAGCGAGGAAUAUUUGAUUUACCCAAAUAGUUGACAUAUAUGAAGAAAUGACUACACCUUCAUUCAUUAAUAUCGGAAUUUUCCGUCCACACUCGGUCGCAAAGUUUGGCUGUAUGGUGAAAACUGUGGCAGGGUCCCUGCAUAAUUUAAACAAUUACUGAAUGAGGCUAGUAUGAUACGAUUGAGGGCAGUGUUCGCCUCUCAAAGCUGUAAAUUCCUUUGCCUUUUCUUGUGGUCUGCACUCACGCUUAAACAGCUAAGCUGCCGGGCCGCUGUUUCACGUGACGUCAUAUACAAUCAUCUACUUCUUAGUGACUGGCAUCAAUGAUUGUAUAACCUAAGCGUUUUCCAAAUUUGGUCAGCGCCAGUAGCGCCAGCUGGUUAUGAAGAAUCUUUUUUGGGGGAGGGGGAGGGAAGGGAUUAUAGCCAGUAAGAAAUAUUUGUAUAGCCAAUAAGAAAAUAUUUGGAAUGAAUGAUAAAGUGUGUUAUUGACUUGUAGGUUUGUGUUCUCGGUGACUGCAUGGGCGCCCUGCUUGCAUACGACGCCUUAAUCAGUAAUGAGAACACCUUGUCCAAACGCACCCAAAGCUUCUUUUCAAACACAGCAAUGCUCUCGCCUCUGGCUGCAACGACUGCUGGAAACAACGGAGAAACCAAUGGAAGCGUGGUGAAAAAACCGCGCCGCACAAGUAGCCAUACUCCACCUAGUAAAAGCUUGGAGGUCUCGCACAAUCUCAGACUUAGUCUGAGCAGCGGAAAUAUUCGAGAAAAUGUCGAUCCAAAUUCCGACGAAAUCAUGCGCGCUCCGCCAGUCGAGGAGUUGGAAGACACUGUUUUGGAGUCACCGAAUCAGCUAAGCAGAGCCGAGCGGCUACAAAAGUUUUCCUUCGAGACGUCUCUGUCGAUGGACUCCGUGGAUCAUGCUAUGUUCGAUUUUGAAGUUUCCAAGUUUUUCGCAUUUGGUUCGCCUAUCGGACUUGUUUUGGCUUAUCGUAGAUUCAUGCAUGGAGAGGACAGGACAGGUAAUGUCCGUACUUAUCACUGUAAAUAAAACUGCACGUUUUCCUUACAAUAAGUUCGCAUAGUCACCGACGCUAUAGGCUCGAUUUCCGCCGCUCUUUCGGAUCCGGGGGUCCGUUUCUCAAGAGUCCCGGUAACUUUACGGCCCGAAAUCAGAUUUUCAGAUCAUAAUCUAAACAACAAAAACGCCUUUCCUAGCUAUCGUAUUAUCUACAAACCUACCGAAACCUCUAUCUUAAAUUUAAACGACAACAGCUUUUCAGGCCCGUUAAUUAUCGGGACUUUUGAGGAACGGGCCUUCGGUCUUAUUCCUUUUCGGGAAAGGAGCGUGGGCUCAUUUCUCGAUCAGCGGCUGGUAAUCGGGUCUACUCACACGACGGAGUAUUUUAUUUGCAAACCCAAUCAUUCAUUACUUUCUUUACAGCUGUACCGCCAAAACCUGCUUGCAACCAGGUCUACAACCUGUUUCACCCAUUUGACCCGUCUGCGUCUCGUAUCGAACCUUUGAUCACUCCGCAGUUUGCACAGAUCCCUGCUGUAAGCGUUCCUCGUUAUCACCGGUUCCCGCUUGGAGAUGGCCAAUCACAUCUUCUUAACAAGGUCUUUGCUGAUAAUCCAGAACUGUUUGUUAGCCCGCCUGGUAAUUUUCGUUCUCAGUCUCGCCCGGGCUUGGUUCAACGGGACAGCAAUCUGAGCACAGUAAGCCUGGUAUCUAGUGACAGUUCGGAUAGCCCUAGAGGGGGUACAGAGUUUGAUGCAGGUAUGUCUAAGUUUUUAUUAGGUGGCGCGAUUCUUGUAUUUAAAAAGGUUUUACAAGAUAUCCGAUAAUCCUGAAUACGUGACAAGAUCGAGAAGCUGCUUCAAAUUCCUGAAAAUGACAGCCUUAAUGUUACACGAACAAGUUAGUGAAAGUUACUUACUCGUGGAGGACCAACGCUGUUUUUACUUACUUGCUCUAAUGCUAAGUUUUCGAUCAAGUACACGAUAUUUCACUGAUUUCUUUGUUUACGUAAUCAGCGGUCGCUAAUUGGUGGGGCACCAGACGAGUGGACUUUGCCUUGUACUGUCCCGAGGGACUUCAGCAAUUUCCAACAGCCGUCCUCUCGCCUCUCUUCCAUGUCAGCUAUUGGGAAUCAAGCGACGUGGCCGCUUUUGUCGUCAGACAGGUACUCAACUGAUUUGGUGCUUUUGCUUCUCCUUGUGUUCGUUGUGGUUUUGUAGCCUGGUUACGUCUUGUUAGUGGUGACACACUUAGGCCCGGUUCAGACGCCGAUCUUUUCAUGAGCCAAACCUAAUACAUUGAAUUAAGUACAUGAAAAGUUCUUGAAAGUAUCAAGAAUCCCUUCGUCCCAGGACUUUCAUUGAAUAUCUAAACAAUUAGAAUGUUUCGUCAUUUCAGCCCUCUUAUGAGCUAUCAUAACAUGAUCCCUCUUCUAAUAUCAUUGUUUAGUUGAUUUCGACUGUGUCUAGUAAUACUGAGUUGUUUUGUUUUCCUUUUUGCACAGAUUCUUCAUGGUGAGUUGGACAGUGUCAGUGUAUCAUCACCCAGCAGAAGAUGUCAGACGUUCAGUCCUGCUGAACCCAGAGAGAAGUGGCUAAAACGAAGAACGGCUAUGAAAAUUAAGGUAUUUACUUUCUCUGUCCUUUGCACUAUAUUGGGUGGCCUGUGUCGUGCAUGCAUGAAACAGGUUAAGGGCGUUGCGGUUCACUUUCUACUCAUCAUGCGUGGCCAAAGACAAUCGGAAAUGGUUUCACAUUAAGAAAUUCUUAUUAACAAAUUUGGAAACUUUUUUGGUUGUUGCAGUUGUUGUAAAAACAUUUUUGUGAUUCUCCAAAUUAUGUGACAAUUCUCCGACCCAGACAGUUAACAAAAAAACGUUACGGGUCGGUAGCAGUAAUGUAUUGAACUUUUCCUUGAUUUUGUUGUACUUGCAGAACCUGAGCGCCAAUCAUCGGGCCAACGAUCGGGUGACCCUAGAAGGUCAGGACCAGACCAUUUCGGCCAGAUUUAUGUAUGGUCCACUUGAUAUGGUUUCGCUUAGCGGAGAGAAGGUAGGAGUAACGAACAAAGUUUUCGCGCAGAUUCAACGCCAGAAUCACCUUAUACAUAUAUAAACGGUACUACAGGAGAGUACACUUUAAAGCCUUCGUCUUAUUGAGUCCUUGCGGUUUGGUCGACACAAAAGAAGUCGGCGGAAAUGUAAUUCUACAGUAAGCUGGACACCUUCUCGACCCAACCUAAAAUUUAAAGAACCCACGACCUCUAGAUAAGAAUACCGUUAGCUGACCGACUGAGCUAAAAAGGUAGAGAGAUAUCUGAUCCCACACUGGAAUUGCAUGGAAUUUUAGGAUACUUUAAAUUACCCUGCAUGUAACCGAUACAUCUAUUGGCAGUUAAGAUUCACUGUAGAAAAGCAAGUUAAUUCAGGCCGGAAUAAGCAACCAUGUGUGCCUCGUAGGUGUAACUUUUUACUGAUGCAAUGUCGCUCUUUUCAGGUGAACAUCUACGUCAUGACCCAACCUCCUUCUGGAGAGUAUGUUUUAUUUGACACCAUUUUGACCGGAAGUGGAGGAAAGCUUUCUUGCUCUAUUCCUGAAGAUAAGAAACUUCCGGUGGGAAUCUACCCUAUCAAGUUGGUCGUCAAGUAAGUAUAACAGCUCCACCCAGAAUUCAACGCCACGCAACGCUCCUCUCCGUUACCGUUACGUGACGGAGACGAGGGUGGCGUGACGACCCCGACGCAUUUACUUUUCGAUAGAGAAUUUAUUUUAUACAAUUUCUAAGUCGGUCCCGGCACUCGAGCUGAGGCCACUUCGGUGGGAGGGUAGUGCUAUCACCACUGGUCCACUCUUGCCCCUCCCUACGGUGAGUCCUGACGGGGUGGUGGUGGUGAUGGGGGGAAGUGGGGGGUGUGCUGGGGUAUAGAGAAAGGUUGAGUAAGGCUCUUCACGUUGCAUUUUGUUGUUUUUCCUUUGUAGAGGUGAUCACACGUGGGUAGAUAGUAACCUAGCCGUUUUGCCGCCUAAAACCGAAGCUGUGGUGUUCAGUAUCGACGGCUCAUUCACGGCCAGUGUCUCCAUACGUGGUAAAGACCCAAAAGUUCGCGCUGGAGCUGUGGAUGUUGUCAGGUAACAGAGUUUUGUUUUCACAGUGAAACGAGCACACCCGUGGCCGCCUAACAAACUUUUUGCGUCUUUUUUGUUUAUCUUUUAGACACUGGCAAGAAUUGGGCUUCUUGAUUGUUUACGUUACAAGCCGUUUAGACUUUCAGAAGACCAAAGUUAUGUCUUGGCUUGCAGAACAUAACUUUCCAUACGGAUUAGUAUCAUUCGGCAACGGGAUUACUAAGGAUCUCCAAAAACACAAAACGGAGUUUCUCCGUUACCUUGUCAAUGAUGUGAGUUAUUUAUGUUUUAACAAGGAAAAGGCUGAUACCAAACGAAUUUCUGUUUUACUGUUAUUGUGCUCGUUUGCUGAGUCAAGUGACGCAUGCAUCUCUAAUUCACAAUCUAAUUAAAACCCAAAGUAAAACCCAGUAAACUAGUGAGGCAUUUCCAGGCACUGUGCCAUCGAUCUUUGUAUCCUGUGUGUUCAGCUCAUUAUAGGACAUUUUCAAGUUGUCCCGAGCCUCUACUUGAAAACGAGGGAAACGCGAAGACUUUGAUGUGAAAAUAUUCUUGCUCUCUUGCAAGUCAUGGGCUCCUGUGCAUUUUCACCCAAACAGUUCUGCAUUUAGCCUCAUUUUGAAAUUGAGGGGUUUUGGAAUUCGGAAAUGACCUAUUUGAAUAUUCUUUAAUAAUCUUUUCAUCAGAAAUUUUUUUCAGCCUUCUGGUGUAAUUAAAUAAUGACUGUUCCUUGUUGUCGUUAGUGUCAAGUGUUGAUUCACGCGGCGUAUGGAUCAGUGAAAGACAUUUCAGUUUACACAUCUAUCGGUGUUCAGUCGCAUCAGAUUUACACUGUAGGAAAACACCAUCCGAGGAAAUACGCGAGCCAGGCUCAGGUUAGUAACACCGUUAUUUACUCUUUAUUCGCCCGGUGACACUAAUUAACUCAGGUGGCCUCUUGAGACUUAUCCAGUCUCCUAACCUAUUUUCCCACUCGGUGUCGAGCUCGUCGCCCGAGUACGUUAUUUGCUGGGAAGUAAUGUAAACACAACGUUUACCUAUCAUAAACCCAGGUCGUGCGGACUGGAGAACGCGCGGACGUGUAGAUUUUAGUCAAAUUGUUUAACAUUGAUAUUAAUUUAUUUGGUAGAUGGGAGAUAAAGUUAAAUCACUCCAAAGAGAGAACGAUAAGUUGCGAGACCAGAUUAGAAAUCUGUCAAAGGAUUUCGCAAAUUUCAAAGACAGGGUGUACUGUAAAUUCUUUCUCUCCUUUGUAUAAUCUUUCCGCAUUAUAUUAUAUAUAAACAAAAAUGUACAUAAAAGAAUAAAAGUAUUCUCUACAUGUAAAUUGACUGGCCCGCCAAGAUUAGCUCCAGCUACCUGCGGGCCAGUGCUCUUUGUAAAAUUUAAAUAAGGAAAACAAUUCUGGCACGGUGCUGCAUGUAGCCUGCGAACAGCAGACGCAUUUCCGGUCGGAGAGAAGCGGCGACCGAAAAUGCGUCUGCUGUUCGCAGGCUAUGCUGCAU